AUGCCUCGUCCGUCCCCCAUCGCCCAGGAGAUGCCUCAUCCGUCCUCCAUCGCCCAGGAGAUGCCUCGUCCGUCACCCAUCGCCCAGGAGAUGCCUCGUCCGUCCCCCAUCGUCCAGGAGAUGCCUCGAUGCCUCGUCCGUCCCCCAUCGCCCAGGAGAUGCCUUGUCCGUCCCCCAUCGUCCAGGAGAUGCCUCGAUGCCUCGUCCGUCCCCUCAUCGCCCAGGAGAUGCCUAGUCCGUCCUCCCAUCGCCCAGGAGAUGCCUCGUCCGUCCCCCAUCGUCCAGGAGAUGCCUCGUCUGUCCCCCAUCGCCCAGGAGAUGCCUCGUCCGUCCCCCAUCGCCCAGGAGAUGCCUCGUCCGUCCCCCAUCGUCCAGGAGAUGCCUCGUCCGUCCCCCAUCGUCCAGGAGAUGCCUCGUCUGUCCCCCAUCGCCCAGGAGAUGCCUAGUCCGUCCUCCCAUCGCCCAGGAGUCACCUAUAACCCUAACCCUAACCCUUGUCCGUCCCUUGUAUGUGCUGCUGUAUGUCCCCGAUUCCCCUAACCCUGACCCUUGUCCGUCCCCACUCCUAGCCCUUACCAAAACAUGGCGGAAAAUGUUUCUCCCCUCUGAUCUAAAACCAGUAGGAACCACAAACGUCAAUGGCAAUUAUCUUAACAUUUUAAAGCAUAUAUAAUAUUCACGCACCCCAAUAACAUUGUCGCUGAGGAGGGCUUGCUAGCUAGCUUCAGAGUUUGAGUCACCUCGGCUGUUUUCUUAUAAAACAGCUCAGCUAGCAACGCUAGCUAGCUAACAUUAGGUAGACUGUUUCUAGACUCAGUAGGUCAUCAAAGGCUUCAGGAGCCAGAUGGUUGGAUAUGGGGGCUUCAGUAGCCAGUGGGUUAGAUAUGGGGGCUUCAGGAGCCAGAUGGUUGGAUAUGGGGGCUUCAGGAGCCAGCUGGUUAGAUAUGGGGGCUUCAGUAGCCAGUGGGUUAGAUAUGGGGGCUUCAGGAGCCAGAUGGUUGGAUAUGGGGGCUUCAGUAGCCAGUGGGUUAGAUAUGGGGGCUUCAGGAGCCAGAUGGUUGGAUAUGGGGGCUUCAGGAGCCAGCUGGUUAGAUAUGGGGGCUUCAGUAGCCAGUGGGUUAGAUAUGGGGGCUUCAGGAGCCAGAUGGUUGGAUAUGGGGGCUUCAGGAGCCAGCUGGUUAGAUAUGGGGGCUUCAGUAGCCAGCUGGUUGGAUAUGGGGGCUUCAGGAGCCAGCUGGUUGGAUAUGGGGGCUUCAGGAGCCAGCGGGUUAGAUAUGGGGGCUUCAGGAGCCAGUGGGUUAGAUAUGGGGGCUUCAGGAGUCAAAUGGUUAGAUAUGGGGGCUUCAGGAGCCAACUGGUUAGAUAUGGGGGCUUCAGGAGACAGUUUGUUAGAUAUGGGGGCUUCAGGAGACAGUUGGUUAGAUAUGGGGCUUCAGGAGCCAAAUGGUUAGGUAUGGGGGCUUCAGGAGACAGUUGGUUAGAUAUGGGGGCUUCAGGAGACAGUUGGUUAGAUAUGGGGGCUUCAGGAGACAGUUGGUUAGAUAUGGGGGCUUCAGGAGACAGUUGGUUAGAUAUGGGGGCCUCAGGAGACAGUUGUUUAGAUAUGGGGGCUUCAGGAGCCAGCUGGUUAGAUAUGGGGGCUUCAGGAGCCAGUUGGUUAGAUAUGGGGGCUUCAGGAGCCAGCUGGUUAGAUAUGGGGGCUUCAGGAGCCAGUUGGUUAGAUAUGGGGGCUUCAGGAGCCAGCUGGUUAGAUAUGGGGGCUUCAGGAGCCAGCUGGUUAGAUAUGGGGGCUUCAGGAGCCAGCUGGUUGGAUAUGGGGGCUUCAGGAGCCAGCUGGUUGGAUAUGGGGGCUUCAGGAGCCAGCGGGUUAGAUAUGGGGGCUUCAGGAGCCAGCGGGUUAGAUAUGGGGGCUUCAGGAGACAGUUGGUUAGAUAUGGGGGCUUCAGGAGACAGUUGGUUAGAUAUGGGGGCUUCAGGAGACAGUUGGUUAGAUAUGGGGGCUUCAGGAGCCAACUGGUUAGAUAUGGGGGCUUCAGGAGACAGUUGGUUAGAUAUGGGGGCUUCAGGAGACAGUUGGUUAGAUAUGGGGGCUUCAGGAGACAGUUGGUUAGAUAUGGGGGCUUCAGGAGCCAACUGGUUAGAUAUGGGGGCUUCAGGAGACAGUUGGUUAGAUAUGGGGGCUUCAGGAGACAGUUGGUUAGAUAUGGGGGCUUCAGGAGCCAGCUGGUUAGAUAUGGGGGCUUCAGGAGCCAGUUGGUUAGAUAUGGGGGCUUCAGGAGCCAGCUGGUUAGAUAUGGGGGCUUCAGGAGCCAGCUGGUUAGAUAUGGGGGCUUCAGGAGCCAGCUGGUUGGAUAUGGGGGCUUCAGGAGCCAGCUGGUUGGAUAUGGGGGCUUCAGGAGCCAGCGGGUUAGAUAUGGGGGCUUCAGGAGCCAGCGGGUUAGAUAUGGGGGCUUCAGGAGACAGUUGGUUAGAUAUGGGGGCUUCAGGAGACAGUUGGUUAGAUAUGGGGGCUUCAGGAGACAGUUGGUUAGAUAUGGGGGCUUCAGGAGCCAACUGGUUAGAUAUGGGGGCUUCAGGAGACAGUUGGUUAGAUAUGGGGGCUUCAGGAGACAGUUGGUUAGAUAUGGGGGCUUCAGGAGACAGUUGGUUAGAUAUGGGGGCUUCAGGAGCCAACUGGUUAGAUAUGGGGGCUUCAGGAGACAGUUGGUUAGAUAUGGGGGCUUCAGGAGACAGUUGGUUAGAUAUGGGGGCUUCAGGAGACAGUUGGUUAGAUAUGGGGCCUCAGGAGACAGUUGUUUAGAUAUGGGGGCUUCAGGAGCCAGCUGGUUAGAUAUGGGGGCUUCAGGAGCCAGUUGGUUAGAUAUGGGGGCUUCAGGAGCCAGCUGGUUAGAUAUGGGGGCUUCAGGAGCCAGUUGGUUAGAUAUGGGGGCUUCAGGAGCCAGCUGGUUAGAUAUGAUUCUACUAGUUAGUUAGACAUUGGCCAUGCAGUAUCUAACUAGCUAGGUAACAGUUAGAUAAUCAUGGAUGCCAAACGACGACGCUAGCUAGACUCGGGAGCUCAUGGGCAACAAUAGCCAACUGGUUACACAUGAUCACGCCAUGGGCUACAAUAAGCUACUAGUUUGUUUUCAGAAAAUUAGUUCAACUGAUAGUUAGUUUAUCCACUGACCACUGCAUUUAGGAGGAUAGCUAAAUUAGGCCUAUUGAAAUGCAGCUAGCUAGCUCACUGGCUAACCACUACUACCCAGAUAAUCGUUGAUUACCUAUUCUUUGAUAGAUUUGGGUUAACUUGCUCAUGUCAAGCAACAGACAGUUUGUGGAAAGGUAAAAAUAACAAUUAGUGGACUCGUUUUAUGAAUGAUCGGACUGUGUAAACUUAAAUAGCUAGCUGGUGAGGCUUUCAUUUAUUUCCCGAUUAAUUAAGCUGAAGCUGGGUAUCCCAAGUCGUUCGGUGCUUACUGCUCAUGCCGGCGAGCAAUCUACCGACGGCUUUGCAGCUCAUCUGUGUGACGUCACACACCCAAGAAGUCUCAACCAAUCACAGACAUAACUCAUGAAUAUUAAUGACUUUGCCUACGGCUAUUCUACAAAAGGGUUUUUUGCGUCCUGUCCCCCCCCUCCAUCUCCCUGACCUCCUGUCCACCCCCCUGUACCCCAUCCCUCCCUGUCCUCCCAUCCCCUAUCCCCAUGUACCUCCCCUCCACCCGUCCUCCUGUCCAUCCCACCGUCUGACCUCCUGUCCUUCCCACUUGACUGUCCCCGACCCCUUGCCCUCCCCAUGUUGCUCCAGCACCCAAGAGAGGUCCUGUCCAUCCCCCUGUCCUUCCCACUUGAUUGUCCACCUUGACUAUCCUCCCCAUCUCCCUGCCCCCCUGCCCCUCUAGCCACCCGUUCCUCCUUCAGCAGACCACCUGCAGUAGAGGUCCUUGGAGAUAGGGAGUGGUCCUUUCUCCGACAUUAGACUGAUGUUGAGUGGCUGUGUGAUGGCAGGUUGACAGGCUUCAUUCAGGGUCUGGGACUCGUUGAAGGAGGACAUAGCAGGGCUGUCAUACUAUUUAUAAUGUUCUUUAUGGAAACAGGAGUUUUGGGGAUUGAAAGAGUAUCUACGAUUGUCGUACAUACCUAUUGUACUCUGAUGCAAGGUCACGCUAGAUAAUCUUGUGUGUGUAUUGACCACCAAAUUACUAAAUAUCCCCACCAUUUGUUUAGAUGAAGAUUGACGCAAACAUCACCUAUUGAAUGGUCUUAACGAAUAGUUUUAACAAAUGGUCUUAACGAAUGGUCUUAACGAAUGGGACACAUACAGUACACACACCAACCCAGCACUGUAUCACAGAACUGGAAUAGAUCCAGAACACACCAACACAGCACUGUAACUCAGAACAGGAAUAGAUCCAGAACACUGGAAUAGAUCCAGCACUGUACCCAGUAGCGAUUCGGUGGGGAAAACCCGCCCAAAAUUUUGGGAUGCAUGCCAGCGAAGCCACUACACAAGACACCACUAAAACAAUACAUUAAAUGCACUACAACGGUGACAAACAGUGAUUAAUUCCCACUAACUGUUAGGGCCUACAUAAAGCUGUCCUGACAGCGUAGGUGUUGUUACAGCACCAUGGAGUGAAACCUUACCACCGCUACACCUGGCUAUCAGCGGAGCCUCGUCUGGCAGCGAAAAACAGUUCAUUCAGCCUCAUUUACUGUUUUUUUUUUUUUUUUUUUUUUUUUAAUAACCGUAGCUGAUAUGGCUGACUUGCUUAAGUAAAUUUGGUUUUUCUACUGACUCCUUUUGGAUUUGUUUUAAGUCGAUAAGAACUGCAUUCUCUUUCAAUAAUAACGAUUGCCAACAUGACCUUUGAACCAUACACAAACAUUAUUACAUUCAUGAUUAGUAAAUUCAUAAUGUUUGUUGUUAUAUCAUUAUUAACACUUUGCUCUGAGUAUAAGUGAGUACAAGCCUUCAUUCAGCACUUUCAAAAUGGACAGCGACAGAAAUUCAGAUAGAUGUUAGUUCAGAUCAAUUAUUUUAAUAGUUACAGUAUUUUAUUGUGAAUAACUUGUCAUGACAACCCACUUUGUUUUCUAUUGUAUAAAAAAAAACUAAAAUAACAAUAAUAAUAAAUUAUCCUUCUGUUCAAAAUAAUUUCAAAUGACUCCAAAAACCAGGUUUCACUGAGAGAAAAAUCCCCAGAUUUGUCAUUUGUGGCACUGUGAUGUUUUCUCUUCAGUGAUUAUCCUGUCCAAGUUUUGAAGUUCUUAAGACAGUUUCUCAGUACAGACUAUAAUCAGAACAAGUAUAUCUGCCAAGGUACACAAACACACACACACACACACACACACACACACACACACACACACACACACACACACACACACUCUCUCUCUCAGCUUGGAGAUAACUCAGCUGAACAUAGGAGCAUUAGGUCUGGGAGAGAGAAGUGACGGCAAACACACAAAGCUGCUCUCUUUCUCCUCUCUCUGCUAAGGACCCCCACCGGGAGGUGAACAGACUGCUCUCCUUCUCCUCUCUCUGCUAAGGACCCCCACCGGGAGGUGAACAGACUGCUCUCCUUCUCCUCUCUCUGCUAAGGACCCCCACCGGGAGGUGAACAGACUGCUCUCCUUCUCCUCUCUCUGCUAAGGACCCCCACCGGGAGGUGAACAGACUGCUCUCCUUCUCCUCUCUCUGCUAAGGACCCCCACCAGGAGGUGAACAGACUGCUCUCCUUCUCCUCUCUCUGCUAA